AUGGAUUUCCAACCGAUCACCGGGAUCAAUACCAAAGCUCCAGAUGGUCGAACCCCGGUACGCAAAGACAUUGACAUAUGGUUUCAAGAGCAAGUUCAAGGAAACAGCAUCCAGUUGACCCUGUUUGUCGAGGCUCUAGCGGCCAUUCAAAGCCACCCCUUGGAGAACCAGCUGUCCUACUUCCGUCUGGCGGGCAUUCAUUCUGCGCCAUGGACAAGCUGGGACAAUGUCAAGGCCCCUGAUGGCCCGGAUGUCGUACCAAAAGAUAAAAUCCCGGGGUACUGCGUGCACAAUGACUUCACAUUCCCAACCUGGCAUCGGGUGUAUAUGCUGCUAUUCGAGCAAACUCUAUAUGACGAGAUGCUGGUUUUCAUCCGUAAGAAUAUCCCGGAGGCUCUCCAGGAUACGUGGACUCAGGAGGCUGGUCAAUGGCGCCUGCCCUACUGGGACUUUGCGCGUUUUGGGGAUUACAUCCCAGACUUCCCACAGGCUACGGAAGGCAUCCUCCGACUGCCCAUCAUGGCCAUGCUGCCCGAUGUGAACAUUCUGGUUGUGAACUCCGACCGGCAAGACAUGGAAUUAGCGCCCAGACAGAAUCCUCUAUACAAGUACAAGGCUCAAACCGAGAUGGGUAAGCUGGACGACCCGUACAAAAUCAAAGGAGAGAAUGGCCACGACAAAGGUAGUGGUUUGGAUUACACCUAUCCAUGGGACAAAUGCGUAUCGACCACCAAAUACGGCAUCCGCCAGGGAGAUCCUGAGACUGCCUGGACCAAUGCAGAACAGAAUUGGAGGUUCUCCAACCAGGCUCUAAACGAGCACGAAUGGAACAAGGAGGUUAUAUAUAAACCACUUCCAACGCUCCAGGAAAUGACGUAUCGCCUCCUGACAUACGACUAUGACUGCUGGGGAGCGUUUGCAACGACGCAAUACAUGGAGCGUCACGGCCAGAAGCCGAUUAAUUGGUUGUCCUUGGAGUUCAUUCAUAACAACAUCCACAACUGGGUGGGAGGGUCACAAUUCACGCCUCCUCAGAAAGAAACAGACCUUUGGGGAGCUGGUCAUAUGAGUAGUGUGGCCAUGGCAGCAUUCGAUCCGAUCUUCUUUAUUUACCACUGUAAUAUUGAUCGUUUGACCGCUAUUUGGCAGACAUUGCAUAAAGACAAAUGGUUUGAUGACCCAGACAGUCAAGCCGUUCAGGCCAAUGACCUUGCGCCCUUCCACAAAGAUAGUGCCGACAAAUUCUACACUUCGGACCAUGUGCAAUAUUGGCGCAAGCUGGGCUACGACUACGACAUCGUUCAAGGCGAUAAGCCCGACGAAGACCGCGCAGAUCCUGAUAUCAGGACUAAGAUACGGAGUCUGUACGGCGUGAGAACCCAUGAGGUGUAUGAUAAUUUGCCGGACUGGCAACGGAAAGAUUAUAUUAUCACUGUCCUAUACGACCGAUACGCUCUGAAUGGCGAGGCGUAUGCGAUUAACAUCUUCCUCGGCCAUAUGGUCGAUGAUCAAUUCCACGGGCAGAACUCUGUCAACUUCGUCGCGAGAGUCUACACCUUUAGCUCCUCGCUGGACCAGGGCUCCGAGGGAAGCUGUGGAAACUGCAAGACACAGCAGCGAAAAGGGGUGCUGUCCAUGGCCCAAGUGCCGGCCACACUCGCUAUGCGGCGCUUCGAGUAUGAUGACACGGAGGAUGUCCCGAUGUAUUUUGUGGCAGUCGACCGAUGCAAUAAUCGCGUUGAUGUGGCGGUGACGCUGGAAAUCUGGCAGGCCGAAGAGCCAUUCUUUUUGUUACCCGGGCGUGGAGGAGGAGAAGGUGACGAGUACCAGCACAUCAAGGGUGGCGAGAAAGCACCAGACAGCGUGGGACACAGUGGACCAGCCUAA